AUGGUCGAAACGAAUUGGAUCAUGAUAAGCUCACGGCGCACCAAGCGCUUUGCCUACCUGCUGGGCCUGUCCUGCUUCCUCUUCUUUUGCAUCGCCCGCCUGAGCUCAUCCGCCGAAUCAUCCGAGCUCAAUGACCUGGAGCGAUAUAUGCACCAAGGUGGCCACGGUGGCCCAACGGCUCUCGCGGUGAAGAGCAGCUUUGACUGGAGCAACGUUGAAAUGUCAUACCUGCCCCCGGCAAAGCUUGCGCCGUUGCCCAAAGGUCCACGAGCCCGCCUCCCGCGUGUGCAAGGCGCCCGAUUCCCGCCAGAGUCGUUUUCAAAUGAAACGUUGCGACUAGCACGCCGCAAUCAAGUGCGUCGAGUCUUCCGGGACGACUGGGAGAAUUAUCGCCAGUAUGCUUGGGGCAAGGAUGCGCUCAAUCCCGUCUCGGCCACCGCCAAGGAUCAAUUCUCGGGCUGGGCAGCCACACUCGUCGACUCUCUCGAUACCCUCUGGAUCAUGGGCCUCAGGGACGAGUUCAACGAGGCGGUUGCUUUUGUGGGCAAGCUGGACUUUGGAAUCGUGGCCGUGAGCGAUCGCGUCAACAUUUUUGAGACCAACAUCCGUUACCUGGGCGGUCUUUUGGCCGCGUAUGACUUGAGCAAAUCCAAGGUCCUGCUGGCAAAAGCCAUCGAGCUCGGAAACCUGAUUUACGCGGGCUUCAACACGCCAAGUCGAAUGCCCGUUGACUUUAUCGACUUCAAGGCCGCCAAGGCGGGAACGGGCCUGGAAAUCGAGUACUCGGUUGUAUCCGCCUCGCCAGGGACACUGUCUCUGGAAAUGACGCGUCUCUCGCAGAUUACCGGCGACCCCAGGUACUUUGACGCCAUCGACGGCGUCAUGCGCAAGUUUCACGAGCAACAGCCCCGGACCAAACUUCCAGGCCUCUGGCCCGUCCAUGUCUCCAUGAGGCAUCUAGACUUGUCGAGCGGGAGGUCAUUCAGUCUCGGUGGCGGCGCCGACUCCCUCUACGAAUACCUCCCCAAGAUGCAUGCGCUCCUUGGCGGCCGAGAACCCAUGUACGAAAACAUGACGGUGAACUUUAUGAGGGCGGCGACGGGCCACUUGUUUUUCCGACCCAUGGUGCCUGGUGAGGAAGAUAUCCUCAUCGCCGGAAAUGUGGACGUCGGUAGUGGCGGGCGAUCAGCCUUGGACCCUGAGAGCUCACAUUUGGCCUGCUUCAUUGGCGGUACAAUGGCCCUCGCCGGGCGACUGACAGGCCAGCCUGACCAGGUUGAAACUGGCGCGAAACUAGCCAGAGGAUGCGCGUAUGCAUAUCACGCUUUCCCGAGCGGCAUGAUGCCGGAAACGUACAACAUGGUGGCCUGCGAGCCUAGGCUCAGCACUUCCUGCCCCUGGAACGAGACGAGAUGGAUCGAGGAACGAGGGAAGCGCAGCCAGUGGAAGCCUCAUCUCCCCAAGGGCUUCACCACAGCCAAGGACCCCCGAUAUAUUUUGCGGCCCGAAGCCAUUGAAAGCAUAUUUUACAUGUACCGCAUAACAGGCGACCCCGGCUAUCAGGAGACGGCUUGGGAAAUGUUCCAGGCCACGCACAGGGCAGCCAAGACGAAGCAUGGCCACGGUGCUGUGCAUGACGUGACGAUUGCGACGGAUGAAGCGUCGAGGGAGGAUAACGUGGAGGACUACAUGGAGAGCUUCUGGUUUGCAGAAACGCUCAAGUACUACUACCUCAUCUUCUCCUCCCCGAGCUUGAUCAGCCUCGACGAAUUCGUGCUCAAUACUGAAGCGCACCCUUUCAGGAUACCAAGGUAG